AUGAGCGUGGGCAAUCAACUAGUACUGGAGAGCGUGGGGAUGGUAUGCCUGCAGUUCCUGCACACGUUUCUGCAAAGCAUAGGAGGAACCGGAAAAAUCUUCACCAUCCUUUUCAAGGAUAGUCGAUGUGUUUCCGAUUAUGAAGACAACAUCAACCCAAAUUCCCCGCCAACUCAAAUCAUUCCCCGCUGGCGCAGUGAUAUUUUUACCAAAGUUUCACAUCAGUUAGACGAGGCAGCAAUACUACUUCAAAAGAAUCCAAGAAGUCGAUCUAAUGUGUACAAUCAACUUCGUCGAGGGGGUGCUAAGUUAGAGUCGCCCGACGCUGAAAAACCGAUGGAAGCCCCUCAGAAAUUCCCCCGUGAUUCAUAUGAUGAAGAAUACUUAAGCGGAAUUCUGCCCAUCGAACGCCGUCACCUGAAAAUGAAAGACCCAAUCAAUCAUCAAGCCUUUCUUGUAUCGCUCUGUAAGCAAACGGUCCGUGGCUACAAGAAUCCAGACGAAUCCAUCGCUGCAAGCCAAGGUAUAAGUGCAGCCGAAACGGGGAAUUUGGGCCAGCCAAGUGUUGGCUCUACUAUGCGGAUAAAUUGA